GCGCUCAUUUUAGUUGAUUUUUUUCGUUAUUUGCAAGCAAUUUUUUCAACACAUAUUAUUCCGAAAUGAAGGAUAAAAGAGUACAGGACAACAUACACGACAGCAGUCCGAGCAAGCCCCCAGCCAAGAAACGAAAGAGCAAAUUUCGACAAGGUUCGCUUGAUGUUUCCAAUUGCAAUGACGACGAACAAAACAACCGGAGGGUUAAUAACAUGUGUGUGCGGUGCCGACUGUUUAAUAUCAAGUGCAAUCUCCGCUUUCCACAGUGCAGGGCGUGCAAAAGGGCUUCAGUGGAAUGCUUCAAUUUUCAAAGCACCACAUAUGACAGGCUGUUCGGCCUUUUGCCGAAAAAUCCGACCCUUGGUAACUUUGCCUGGCAGUCGAAUGCACACAGCGUAGACACUCCAGACGACGUGAGCUCCAUGACAGAAAACCUGCUGCGAAACCAGCUGAGUGCCCUGAUGACUGGGCCGCUCAAAAAGGCUGUGCUGCAAUAUCCCAAUGAAGAGAGAGAUGCAGAUGCCCAGGAUACCCCAUUACCGCAGUUGCCACUGCCCUCAUCCGAGCUUCUGAGAUGCAUCUGUCGGUCCGUUGCCGAGAACGAGGCAUCCAGACCUCCGCAGUACCCGUCGCUUAAUGAACACUUAGUGGCAGCAGCCUGCUGGCGAUGGGCGUAUUACUUCAAGAGUACAGCAGGUUUCUUUUGUGAGUGAAGGCCAGACUUUGAGCCAUAUUGAGAUUUCUGUGACAUGAGAUUUCCAAUCGUCUUUUUCUGGGAUUCCCACAGGGCGAUUUGUGUCAUUUUGUACUGCUACCUACAUGUUUGCAAAGGCGUGUUUCCCUUUUCUGUACUGACUUUAUUAGCAUAGUCUACAAAGAGAAUGUUUUUGUUUACUUGAUAGUUUUGUAUGCGCCUGUGCCUUUUGUGUCUUUUGCCAGGUAUUGGAUAUCCAGUUUUUUAUAUUCGCCCGAGCGCGUUCACAUGCACGACCACUCUAUCAUCUUGUCUCUGCU